AGUGAACAAAACAAAAUGAAUCCAAAUUGAUACUCGAAAACAAUCCUUAUGUAAUUGUGUUUUGUGUGAGAAUGUGUGUGUGUUAUUAAAGGACAAAUAUUAGGGAAUACAUCCUAGUAUUAGUGACACAACAAUAUUGUUAUCCUCAAUUAUUUUAAGGAUAGCGGAAUUUGUGACUCCUGUUAUUAGUGUGAUUACUUCAUUUGUGCUUUACAAUGGCAAAGCCUGCAACCAAAGAGAGUCGAAUUCCGCAAUUGGGAUUUAGUAGAACAAUAGCACCACGAUCUAGUCGAAUACCAUUAGAUGGCACCAUAAUAUUUCCAUCAAGAUCCAUACCUCGACCACAGACAAUUACCACAUCACAAAUAUCACCAACAUCAAAUGUAAAUAAUAAAACAAGUAAUCUGAAUCAGACGACAACGAUCUUUCAGCAACAUCAAAAAGUGUUCAAUUCAACGUUCAAACACAGCAACAAUGAAGCUACUGCAUCGCCAACUUCGCAGCAUACAACGUCACGCUCAUUGAAUUCAAGUUUAAAUAGUACAAUUACUUUUGACAACGUAUUAAAUUCAACAUUUCAAAACGAUUCAUUAACGGAUGAUUCAGCAUCCUCUGCAUCAUCCGAUAAAAAUUGUACAGUAAUUCGAAAUAAAAGUCAGAAUAAUGCUGUCUCACCUUUUAACGACAAAAAGGUGAAUUUAUUAGCAGAUAUCCAAAAACAUGAACCAAAAAAAUUAGACCAAAAACAUAUUGGAGAACAGGUUGUUAUCGAUGGCACCGAAUUGGGCACACUAAAAUUUGUUGGUCAAGUCCAAUUCGAUUCUGGUACUUGGUGUGGUAUUGAACUAAAUAAUCCAGUUGGAAAACAUGAUGGCAUGGUUAAAGGUAUCCGUUAUUUUCAAUGUCGAAAAAAUCAUGGUAUUUUAGCACCAUUAUGUAAAGUCGAUAUAGUUACAACCGAUGCAAAAUCAAAUUUUGAAAAGUUAAAAUCGAAAUUUGAAUGGUAUGCCUCGAAAUUUCCAACACCGAUUACGAAAUUUAAUCGAAAACAUUCACCAUUACAACGAAAAAUUCCACAAACGGAUGAAACGGUUAUUUUGGGGGGACAUGAUACCGCUUCUGGACCUUGUAGUUUAAUUGAAAUACCAAACACGCCAUUGAAAGAUGAAACCAUUGUUAAACAUUCAGAAGAUGGAAUUUUAUUAUCGAAUCUUAAUGAACGUAGAAGAACUUAUACAAUAGAAGAACCAGAAACCACAACUACGACUUUUAUCACCCAAAAUGAUGAAACUUAUCCAAUUACGCAAACUCCAAAUGAUGAUACUUACCCCAUAAACAUCGACAAUCAUAAUCAAACCAUUAUCUUGGAUACUUGUCAAUCAGAACCGAUUAUAUCGGAUAAUAAUCGAACUAAAAUUAUACCUCAAUUAAAGGAACCGUUGGAAGCGAAACGUAAAAAUUCGUUAAAUUCAACGUUUAAUUUUGAGCAUGCAAAUAAAACGAGUCCGUUAUUAUCACACCCAUCGUUCGAUUGUGAUGACUCGUUAGGAAUUUUAACGCCGAAUCAAAUGUGUAUACCAAAAACACCAUCAACAGAUGAUUUACGAGACGUAUUAUUCGAAUGGCGACACAGUGAAGAAGAUUCAAAAAUUUCGAUUACAAAUGAAUGUUCGUCAGUUAAAUCGACAAUUAAAAAUGCGUUGUUAUUAAAACGAUCGUUACCAAUUAGUUUACUUGAUCCAAAACGAAAAAAUUCAUUUGAUGUACACUUGAAUCGAAAAAGUCCACUUAUUCCAAGUCCGUGCGAGGAAUCAUUAGGAAUUUUAACACCAAAUCAAAUGGCAAAAUUACCAUCGACUGAUGAUUUACGUGAUGUUUUAACGAAGUGGCAGAAAGAUGAAGAUUCGAAGGUGACUCCAAAUGAAAGUAAAAAAGUUAAGUUACCAAUCAAUUUACUCGAUCCAAAUACUCAUUUAAAACGAAAAAGUACGAGUGGGAAGAGUCCUAUUAUUUCUAGUCCAGCUGGUUUAUGUAGUCAAAAUUCGUUUGAAUGCGAUGAAUCGUUAGGAAUUUUAACACCGAAUCAGAUGUGUAUUGUAAAAACACCAUCAACAGAUGAUUUACGUGAUGUGCUGUUUGAAUGGCGACGAUUUGAUAAAAAAGAAACUUCAAAUGUACGUGAAGGAGUUGAUCGUUUGGAACAACCUUUGGAGACUGAAUCAUAUGAAGCAUUUAUAAAUCGACCAUUACCUACAAGUGAGAUUUCUAUGUUAAGUCCGAAUGUGCCUGAUAGCAGUUUUGCUGCUGAUAUAAGUCUGGAAAUUUUGAAUGAUGAUAUUUUGAAUGGAACACAUUUUCUUACCGAUAAUUCUAUAAGUAAUUUAGAUACUACGAUCAAUAUGGAUUUACCAUUAGAUAUCGAUUUCGAUAAAGGAAGUUUAAAGCAGGUUUUGCGUUGUGAACAAACGCCAUCUCCUGAAGAAUUACCUUUAGAUCCUGUCGAAGUGAAAACGGAAACAGGUGAACCUGUCUCAACUAAUUCAGAAUCGAAAACCAAGUCAUCAGUUACAAAAACAUUUAAUAGUUUUAUAAUGAGUGUAACGAGCAUUACAAGCUUGGAUAAUGGGUACCAAGGCGAUGGUGAAAUGUCUCGUCCGGCUAGUCGUGGAGGUGAUCAUUCGCCAACUGUUCAUAAACCAACCAACCAAUGUUUGGCUGCCGCAAUCAAUAAUCAAUGGCAACAACGGGCUCCAGUUUCAAGGCGUCCAGAUCCAAUGACUGAUUCCGAUUUUUUCACAGAAAGUGAUGCAGAUGGUCACGAUGAAAACGCUCCAAAGGGUGAUCGAAAAGUUCAAGUAAUUGAUGGACAAUUGUAUGGAUUAAAUGCAUUGAAUCCACAACCAGCCGGCGAAGAAAUUUUUGUGAAUAAUCAAAAUCGUGUUGGCGAAGAAAUGGAUUCUAGUGGAAUAUUCACUGAUUUAGAUACAAACACACGAAACGAUGAAUUAUCAGAUGAAACUCCAAGAAGAAGAUCUCAUCAUGAAGAUCAAACACCAUCAGAUAUUUCCAGUAAAACAAUAUCCGAAAAUAGUCAAGAACGACAAAAUGAACAAAACGAAACUAUUCAAAAUACAUCCCAAAUUGAAACUACGAUAUCGAUAACACCGACUAAUGUUGAAACGGAAUCGAAAUCUUCACCUGGUUCUUGUCAAUCUAGUCCUUCAAGAAAAUCUAUUACUAGUCCAAAAUUGAUUAAACCAAAAGAAGAUAAUAAUACACCAACGAAAAAAUAUAAAAUGCCACGUCGUAAUGUUGUUUCAAAGGUUAAAACAAUGUUAGAAACAACACCGAAAACAAAUAGUAUUGAAAAUCAAGAAAAUCGUAAAUCAUCGAAGAAAAAUGGUAAAUGGGAUGUUGUUAUGAGUAAAAUAACAGAUUCGAAACCGAAAUUAAAAGAGGUUAAAUCUAAAGUUGCUUGUGGUUUGAGUAAUGAUAAUCGAGUAUCAAUGAUUCCGAAAAUUGGAAAUACACAACAAACUAAUUCGAAUACGAAAUUGAAGAGACGAACGCGUACUUUAAAACCGAAUACGAAUGGAAAUACUCAAACUGAGAGUAUCCAUAGCUCGCUCAGUGAUAUAAGUAACAGUGGCAGUUUACCAGUUCGAUCUUUAUCGGAAACAGCAAAUCUUCAAUCUUUCAAUCGGUCUGCAAAGAAAAUUAGCAACACAAUAUCAACAAAUAGUAGAUGUACAAGUCCACCAAGUAAUGGUGAUACUAUCGUUUCGCCACGCUAUCAAGGAGUGAGUCCAAAUACAGGAUCACAUCGCCUAAGUCGAUCUGGUGGAUCUAAAAAAAGUCCGCCUUUAACGUCGUCACCACGGACAACAUCAAAUAAUGAUGCAUCGUCAAAACGAUUUACACGCCAGUCACGCGUAUUAUAUAAUGGCGCCGGCGUUAAGACAACAAGUUCUACAAAUUCCGUCGCCGCCACAAAUAAUAACAUCACUAAGGAUCCAACCCGAUUAACGGGCGCCCCGAUUGCUAAAGCUCGUUGUGUUGCAGCCGUACAAACAGUACCGGAACCAAUAUGUGCUCCAACAAAAAAUAUCGUUCCACAGUUACAACAUGCAGCACUCAGCGUCGAGGCGCUCGGAGUGCUAUUACAACAUCUAGUUUUUCAUUACGAUGCAUUCAAAGUUCCGUUGCUGAAAAAGGAUUAUGACAAUUUAAAACAAGAUUGGACAAAAAUAAAAUUGGAGUUAGACGAAACUAGAAUUGGGUAUCGACGUGCUAAGGAAUUAAUUCAAGAUGAGAGAUUGAAGAAUGAGACAUGUCUGGAAGAAGAAAAUAAGAAAAACCUUAAACGAAUUAAUGAACUUCAAGAAACACAUAGACUAGCCAUUGUUGAAUUAUCCGAAAAAUAUACGAUCGAAAAACAAAAAAUUGAACAACGACUUCAUGAUCAAUUCAAAGUAGAAGAAAUAAAAUAUAUGACACAAAUAGAUGAAUUAAUUAAAGAAAAUGAAAGAUGGAAAACAAAUUAUGAAGAUUUAAAAGAAAGAUAUGAUGAAACACAACUAGCAUCAGAACGAAUCAAUAAAAACUUAAUAAAUAUAGAAAAUGAUUAUAAAUUGAAAUUAGAACAAGCUAAUGAGAAAAUUAAUAGACUUCAAGAAGAAUUUAAAUUAAAAGAAAGUGAAUUAAAUGAAAAAAUCUCUAACGGGGAAAAGAGAAUAUUAAUAUUAGAAGAAGAAUCGAAAAAAGUUGUGGAUAGUUUUAAAGCUGAAACUAAAGAGGGUAGAGUACAAGCGGCGUUAAAUCGAUGCACACAAUUACAAGAUGAAGCAGAAUCGCUUCGAGUGGUCUUAGAUUUGAAACAAAAAGAAUGUGCCGAAUUACGAAAGAAAUAUGAAGAAGCUAGUCGUGAUGGUGAUCGUGACGCAGAUUUAUUGUCACAGGCUUUAAUAAAUGUACAAACCUUACAAGCACGUAUUGAAGAUUUGGAAAUACAGUUACAGAGGAAAACAGAUUUUGAAAAACAAUUAACACAAGAAAAGAAAAAAUUACAAGAAUCAUUCCAACAAGAAAGUGAACAAAAGAAGCGAUUAACAUUCCAGAAUGAAGAGCUUCAAUGGAAAUUAAAACAAAAUAGUGAAGUUGUCAAUGUUAUAUUAUCUAGUAUUCAUACACCAACAAAAGUCAACACCAUCCAUGGUUCUAAUCAAUCAUUAAACGACGAUAACUUAUUACGUAGUCCUAGGGCUUCGCUAGCACGAUCCUUUCAAACAUCUAGUUUUAGUGAGAAGCAUACAUCAACACCGAUGACAUCAACCUUAGAUAAAAACUUUUGUUUGAAUCGUGAUAGAUUCCCAAACAAUUGUAGUAAGAUAGAUAGAAAAUCACCACCUGCCAUAGAUAUGUAUGUAUCACCACCUAGUUCACCAAAAAUCAAAGCAGUUGUAGAAAAAUGUGAUUCAGUCAGUUAUGUAAUUGAAAUUGAUGAAUCACCAGAAGUAUUGGCAAAUCGUAUGUAUCGACGUAGUUUUCGUAAUUCAACACCACCGAAAAAUACACCAACAAAAUCGCCAAAUUUAAAACGAUAUAAAUCAAAAAGUAAUCAUCCGUUAAGUCUGUCUGCGUCGGAAACAUCAAUUGGUUCUGAUACACGAGAUGAAGAUUUACGAGCACGAUCAAAAUCGAUGUCGGCUAAAAAAUCAACCUUGUCGGAAAAAGGACGUAGCGAUGAUGAUGACGAAGACGAUGAAGAUGAUGAUUGUUACGAGGGUGAAUGUUGGAAAACUGCUACAGAUAGUACUAAUGACAUAUUAGAUUUUAGGCAAAAGGUCGUAAAACGUGUUGAGCUAGGGCCAACAGAAAUAUCUGUUGAGUCCAUUGCUGAUGAAUUAAUAAUCGAUAGUGACUUAAAAACAUUUGACGAAAUGAAUGACUAUACAGAUCCAAGUGUACAUAUGUCAUUACCAGCACUACCAUCUGAAUUACAUCGUAGCCAAUGUGAAACGGACCAGAAAAUAAUAUCAAACGAUCAUCAUCAUUUAUUACAAAAUUCAUUUCCAAAGAAUUCAGCUGGUGAAGCAAUGAUUUCUGAAUCAAAUUCUGAAGAUGAGUGUUCCACAAGUGUUUCAAGUGAACGUUCGCAUAGUUUAAGUGAUGAUGUCGAUCAUAUAGCAACACAAAGUGGCGCAGAUUUAUUAUGUAGCAAACAAAAACCAUCACAAAUGCAAUAUGAUCUUAUGUUAGUGACUGAAUCAACCAUUUCUGAAAAUAUGGAUUGUAGUUGGUCCGAUGAUGUUAUAUAACAAA